AUGGACAGGGUGGCACCAAGCCUGGGAGCCCAGUCCCUGCAGGAGAAGCAGUUCCUCAAGCAGCAGGGAGCUCAGUGGGCCUUCAAAGUGGCCCUCUGCUUCAAGACAUGUUCCCACUACGACCACCUCUCACCUCCGCAGCCGCUGGCUCCUGACGCCUCUUGUCGGCCUCUCUCCACGCAGCAGAGUUUACGACAAACCAGCGCCGCCUGGGGGCCCGGGGAACAGGAAGAGGUGUGGAUACACACAGAGGCAGAGGGACACCCUCGAUUGGAGCAGAGGCCUCAGGAAACCCGAAGGAGUGCCUUGAUCCCGGACCUCAGCCUCCAGGACGGCAUGUCGCGCGCAGUGGAGCCUGAGCGGAGGCUCCUGGCCAUCUACACCGGCGGCACUAUCGGCAUGCGGAUCGAGCGCGGCGAGAGAACAGACCAGGAGGGCAUCGCCUCUUCUUGGGCCAGCGUUGCCUGUGCCGCGCGCAUAAGCCCCGGGCGGGAACGGCGGGGUCCCACCCUUCGGGGUCCUCUGGCCCUGCCGCUUCCCACCCCGCUGCAGCAGGAUAUGCCCCCGGCGGUCACUGCCUCGCCGUCGGCCAGCAACAGCCUGGCCGAAAAGAGCAGAUUCACGUUCAGCGGCGGGAAGCUGGCCGCCGGCCUGGUGAGGAGACAGACUCUCACGGUGGCCUCAGGAAGGACUGAGCGGCACGGUGUCCGCGGCGUGUUGGUGCUCGUCCCUGGGAGGGGCCUGGCCGCUGCCUUGAGGACGCUGCCCAUGUUCCAUGAUGAGGACCACGCCCGGGCCCUUGGCCUCCCGGAGGACACCCUGGUGCUGCCGCCCGCCAGCCCCGACCAGAGGGUCAUCUACACGGUACUGGAGUGCCAGCCCCUCUUCGACUCCAGUGACAUGACUAUCACCGAGUGGGUUCAGAUUGCCCAGACCAUCGAGAGACACUAUGGGCAGUACCACGGGUUCGUGGUCAUCCACGGCACUGACACCAUGGCCUUCGCGGCCUCCGUGCUGUCCUUCGUGCUGGAGAACCUGCAGAAAACCGUCAUCCUAACUGGUGCCCAGGUGCCCAUCCACGCCCUAUGGAAUGAUGGCCGUGAGAACCUGCUGGGGGCCCUGCUCAUGGCCGGCCAGUACGUGAUCCCCGAGGUCUGCCUUUUCUUCCAGAAUCAGCUGUUUCGGGGCAACCGAGUGACCAAGGUGGACUCGCGCAGGUUUGCGGCCUUCUGCUCCCCCAACCUGCCCCCUCUGGCCGUUGUGGGCACUGACGUCAUACUCAACCGGGAGCUGGUGCGGAAGGUCCGAGGGAAGGAGCGGCUGGUGGUGCACGGCAGCGUGGAGCGUGACGUGGGGCUGCUGCGUCUCUACCCCGGGAUCCCCGCUGCCCUGGUUCGGGCCUUCCUGCAGCCCCCCCUGAGGGGCGUCGUCAUGGAGACGUUCGGCUGCGGGAACGGGCCCACCAAGCCGGACCUGCUGCGGGAGUUCCGGGCCGCCACCGAGCGAGGGCUCCUCAUCGUCAACUGCACACACUGCCUUCAGGGCACCGUGACCUCUGGCUACGCAGGCGGCAUGGCCGUGGCGGGAGCUGGCAUCGUUUCGGGCUUUGACAUGACGUCGGAAGCUGCCAUGGCCAAGCUGUCCUACGUGCUGGGCCAGCCGGGGCUGAGCCUGGACAGCAGGAAACAGCUGCUGGCCAGGGACCUCCGGGGGGAGGUGACGCUGCCCGCGGGGGACGAGCACCAGACCUCGCUGACUUGUAGCACGCUGGGCCGGGGGGUCGCCCAGCUCCUCAGUCUGAGCCAGGAGGCCGAUGCGGUGCGGGAAGCUCUGACGCCUGGCCUGGCCUGUGCUGCGGCCCAUGCGGGCGACCUGGACGUGCUGCAGGCACUUGUGGAGCUGGGCAGUGACCUGAGCCAAGAGAACUUUAACGGUCAGACCCCUCUGCACGCGGCUGCCCGGGGAGGCCACCCCGAGGUGGUCACCAUGCUGCUGCAGAGAGGGGUGGGUGUGAGCGCCCGGGAUGAGGAUGGACUGAGCCCGCUGCUGCUGGCGGUGAAGGGCAGGCAUCAGGAUAUCAUUGGGCUACUGCGGGCAGCUGGGGCCUGCCUGUCCCCCCAGGAGCUAGAGGACGCAGGGACUGAGCUGUGCAGGCUGGCUUCCAGGGCGGACCUCGAAGGCCUGCAGUCAUGGUGGCGGGCGGGGGCUGACCUGGCUUGCCCAGGCUAUGACGGGCGCAGUGCCCUGCUUGUUGUGAGUGCCACCAGUGCCCCCACCGCCCUCUCCUAG